UUUCAUGAAAAGUCAAAAGUCACAAGACAAGAGCACGAGCAAGACACAAAAAUGAUCAAAACCAAAAUAAAUUUUCAUUGAAGAUUUUGGUCACUACUGCCAAUACAUGUUAUUUGUGUGAAGUGAUUGCUUCUUUUUGUAUUUCAUAAAUGUAACCCUGACAGAGAUGUCGGUCGCGAGUUUGUGAAUGGCUGGUGUCAAAGUACAAAAUUAAUGAAUGAUGCAGUCUGUAUUCUGGACUGGCAGGGUGCUAUCACGUGCUAUAAGAAAUGGACUUGCAAGUUUAUCCAGUGCUACAGAAGUAAGCGUUUCCAGCAAGAAACAUCCGUAUUUAGUGUCAGUGGUGUGCGGAUUCCCCAAAGACAUAGCUAAUGGAAGGUCACGAAAUGGACAAUUCGGCGACGACGCGUGGUUUUCCACACAUUUCAGCAAUGCGGAUGUUAUUGGGGUGGCUGACGGAGUGGGGGGGUGGCGCGCGUACGGCAUUGAUCCGGGCGAAUUCUCCUCGUAUCUCAUGAGGACUUGUGAGCGGCUCGUUCAGAUGGGCCACUUCAAGCUGACUGAACCCGGAGACUUGCUCGCCAAGUCCUACUACGAACUCUUGGAACACAAGAAGCCUAUCUUAGGCAGCAGCACCGCCUGCGUGAUGAUCCUCGACCGAGCGGAGAGCGUGGUGCGCGCGGCCAACAUCGGCGACAGCGGCUACAUGGUGGUGCGCGCCGGCCGCGUGCUGCGCCGCUCGCGCGAGCAGCAGCACUACUUCAACACGCCCUACCAGCUCAGUCUGCCGCCGCCGGGGCAUGACAGAAAUGUGCUGAGUGACAGCCCCGAGUCAGCCGAGCGCUCGGAGUUCCCCGUGGAGAGCGGCGACGUGAUCCUGGUGGCCACGGACGGCGUGUUCGACAACGUGCCUGAGGGCGUGCUGGCGGGCGAGCUGCGGCGCGCGGCGGAGCUGGCGGACCAGCCGGCGCAACUGCAGGCCGUGGCCAACAGCAUCGCGUGGAUGGCGCGCAAUCUCAGCUUCGACGGCUGCUACAUGUCGCCGUUCGCGAAGAGCGCCCGCCAGAACGGCAUCGAUGCUAUUGGUGGAAAACCCGAUGACAUAACGGUGCUUUUAGCUAUCGUAGCGCUAUGAAAAUUUCUUUGUGAUUUAGACACAUUAUUUUAAUUAAUUAAAAACAUGUUGAAUAGUAGGGCAUAGUAGAAAAUGAAACCAAAAAUCAUUUUUACUUUUAAAGCAAGUUACUUUAGGCUGAUAGUUGUAGGGGUGCAGUCUCGACUGAUCUGUCGAGUUGUUCUUCCGAAGUGCAUUUUAUGUAGCAGUUCCUUUCGCCGUUACAAAUUAACAGUUUACACUAACUUCUAGUCUUGAAACUAUCAUCAUAUACAAUCUAACAUAAAGCCUUGUUUCGGAGCCGCAGCCGUUCCUAUUCGGAAUCACGUAUCACGAAUAGAUAAAUGAAAAUCUUUUAAAAUCUAUGUUUUUCCAUCGGACAUAAGCGCAAGAAUCUCCUUCGUACAAUGCACUCUAAUAUCACUGUGCUUAGUCACAGUAUGUCGGGCUGCAUCUUGUAGUGUUUAUAAAGGUAUCCAAUCUACAAAAGGUAAAAUUUUCUUUAUGUUGACCGCAUUUCAUUAGCGUUUUGGUGUCGUGCUUUCAUCUGGUACUAAUUAGCAAUAUUUUGUACCAUUUUCGAAACUGUAUGUUAUGAUGUGGAACUCAAAUAAGUAUUGGUGACAAUCAUUGCCCCAUGACGCGGGGGUAAUGAUACCAAUAAACACAAAGUCUACAGUGCAGCGUAUCAAUUCAUUAAUUAUUAUAGUUGUGGGCUGUGCAUAGGUUGUUUCUUAACAAGCUGUCAAUUGUAAUAGUUAAUAGUCCUCGUCUUAAGUCCACAAAUCAUUAUUCCACAAUGAACUAGGUGUAAUAAUUACUAGCGACACUAAUUAUUUAUAUAUAAAAUUGUCUAAAUUUGAAGUAAAUAUCAUUUAUAAUAAUGGCCCAUUUGGCUUUGGUAUCUUGUUAAUUCUUGAAUGGAUAUCAUGUACUUCAUUGUUAAUAUUUGUUGCAGCCUCUGUAUGAUUGUUGUACCUAGUAGGUGAUUCAUAUAUGUGUCGGAUAACUAUUUGAGUCGAUUGUGUAGUGGUUGAUCUGAUAUACUUAAAUUAACACUGAUUGCAAAAAUACUAUUAUGGUCAAAGACAAAGGACCACAUAAAAAAUGAGUUUUCAAGGGAAUUUGUAAAUGGCGUACUAUGCUUGACUUUUGACCUCCACUUUCAUUUUCUUUUCACUUUAAAGAAGAUCGAUUGUAGGACAUGUAUACGAAUUAUAAAUGUCUAGUUCAUUUCAUUUUCAUUAUUUUUGUAUAGAUUUUUCAUUUAUUUUGUAAAUAAGCCUCCAGAGAAGUACCUAACUUAACUACAAACUGAACAAUUUAUAAACAGUAAACUCAUCAGGUAAUUCGAAUUGAGGGUGAACGUUUGCAUGCAUGAUGAAGACUGAUCAUAGUUUUACUGUUGUUAAUUAUGUAGUUAUAACAAAACGUUACGGGGUUGACCCAUGUGUAACUCAGAAAUAUUAUUUUAGUAACCUAAACAGCUGUGUGAUAAUUAGUUGUUUACAUUUCUUUAUAAAUUAAGUAUUACCCUCAAUUGAUAUCAGAAAUUAUGUCUUUUUUAUACUUUUCUUUUGUGAUGUUUGAUUCAAAGUUUUGAGUCUUUACUGGAGUUAUUUAAUGAGAAUUAAAAUUCUGAGAAGAUAUAUUAAUAUUUUGUCGAGUUCCAGUAUUCAUUAUUUUGUAAUUUUAAGGAUUAAAAAGCAUUUCAGUCGCCUGAGCGCGAAACAGUAACUCAAUGUCGGAUGUUAUGACUAAAUUUUUCUGGAAUAUUGUGUGUAAUUAUUAUAAAUAAAAUGCGAUUUUAAAAACUGA